AGGACCAGGUAGCCGGGCUGAAUCGGGCUGGUAGCUGGGAGCGGUCAGGAGAGGGGCUGCCAAGACUUCGUACGCUGCAGGACAUGAUACAGGUGCCACAUCACGGCCAUGGGAUCCCAGCAUUCUGCCUCUGCUCGUCCCCAUUCCAGCAAGCGAAAGAAAGAAGAUGACAGGGACGAUAUGUGGGCCCAACGAGAGCAGGAAGAAGCCAUUGCGCAGUUCCCUUAUGUGGAGUUCACAGGGCGAGAUAGCAUCACCUGUCUCACCUGCCAAGGGACUGGCUACUUUCCAACAGAGCAAGUAAAUGAGUUGGUGGCUUUGAUCCCGCAUAGUGAUCAGAGAUUGCGACCUCAGAGAACUAAGCAGUAUGUCCUCUUGUCCGUCUUGCUGUGUCUCCUGGCAUCCGGCUUGGUGGUUUUCUUCCUGUUUCCACAUUCAGUCCUUGUGGAUGAUGACGGCAUCAAAGUAAUGAAAGUCUUGUUUAAUAAGGAGGACUCCCUGGUAAUCCUCGCCAUCACGGCCACCCUGAAAAUCAGCAACUCCAACUUCUACUCCGUGGCAGUGACCAGCCUGUCCAGCCAGGUUCAGUACAUGAACACAGUGGUUGGCACAUAUGGGACAACUAAUGUCUCCCUCAUUCCGCCUCGGAGUGAGCAACUGGUGAAUUUUACUGUAAAUACUGAGAUGGGAGGACCAUUUUCCUAUGUCUACUUCUUCUGCACGUUACCUGAAAUCCUGGUGCACAACAUAGUGAUCUUCAUGCGAACUUCAGUGAAGAUCUCUUACAUUGGCCACGUGACCCAGAGCUCCUUGGAGACCCAUCACUAUGUGGAUUGUGGAGCAAACGCCACAGCUACUUAGAAACUGCUCUUGGUUCUUAGAUGGCAGCACCUGUUGGAAGAGAGCACAGCAUAUGUCCCUAGGGUCUGAGUUCCAUACCUAUUCCAGGUGGUGUAAGCAGAGGAGAAACUUGUUCUUUCAACCCCCAGCAAACAUCUCCUACCACUUGGGAAGAAAACUCCCUACAGCACCGUUUAUGUUACUUAGAACCAGCAGAGUCGACUGCUGGUGCCUCUUCUUGUACCCAGCAAGUAGUAGGCACUCAAUAAAUGUUCGAAGAAUUAAUUCAGAUCUUUUCAGCUGUUCUUGGAGCAUUAUAAUGAUCCCAUGAUCCUAGUAUCAAACCAUAGAGUGACAUGGAGAUAGGACUAUUAAUACAGCUGCAGAACUGUUUAGUGCCCUAUCUGGGCAGAAGUGGCAGCAAGGAGGGAACGUUUGAAUACAUAACAGAAGAAAUAAAGCACAUUCAAUACGUGAAUCUUCAUCUGCUCCCAGAUGUCUAGGAGCUUAAAACAAGAAAAAAAAGUUUUUACCAGGACUUUGUGUGGGGCUUGAUUUACCCUUCAUCCAUUGGCUGGAGCAUGGAUUAGGGAUUUGAUAGAAAAAUAAAUCGUGCUUUUCU